GUCAGGAACCUGAGAUAUACAAGGCUCAACGGACAGAUGGACAAGAUCGCUCACAUCAACCACACACAACUCUAGUUUCAGUCUACUUUGCAAAAUUUAAGAUAGAUAUAUUUCAAAGGUUGAUUUUGAGAUUGUUUUUAGGUCAAACCCAUUCCCUAGUAAAGGGUAGUAUUUUGCUUAAUUAGACCUCUAGGGGUAUUUUUCCAUCUUUAUUGUUUCUGGGUUUCUGGUGUAUUUCGGAAAUCGAUUUCAUCUUGUGUGGCUGUGAAACAUUUCGACCAUGUCAACUGCUUUGGAGUCAACCGGGUUUUUAUUAGGAGUUGCUAGCUGGCUGAUCAUCGGGGCAGCACUCGGCAAUGACUACUGGAAGGUGUCCUCGGUCUCCGGCGGCGUCAUCAUCAGCAACCGUCAGUAUGAGAACUUAUGGCACUCCUGUGCCGAGGGCAGCACUGGUGUCGCAGAGUGCCGCGACUUUGAUAGCCUGCUGGCCCUGCCCGGCCAUGUGCAGGCAAGCCGUGCCCUGAUGAUCAUUGCUCUGCUUCUGGGGCUGGUGUCUAUGAUCAUAUCUCUGCUGGGGCUGAAGUGCAUUAAGAUUGGCAGUGCCACAGAGGAGACUAAGGGCAAGAUUACUGUGACUGGUGGAAUCCUUUUCAUCCUCGCAGGUCUUUGUGUUAUGGUCUGCUGCUCCUGGUACGGUUAUCGAGUUGUGCAGGACUUUAACAACCCACUGUUUGGUGGUGUUAGGUUUGAGCUGGGCACUGGUCUGUUCAUGGGUUGGGGCGGAGCCACUCUGGCCAUCCUGGGAGGGGCUCUUCUCUCCUGUGCCUGCAAGAGGGCAAAAAGUAACAAGCCUAAAGCAGGGUACUAUGCAGCAGGUCAGCCUAAGACAAUCUACUCACAAGCCAAGUCCGAGCCGGAGGCCAGAGCUUAUGUUUAAUACAUCCUCUUCCCCACCUCCCUCACUCUCUUCCCCUCCCCACCUCCCCCACCUCCCCCCACCACCCAACCACCACCUUUAUAGACACAAAUAUUUAGGCGAAUAUCUUUUGUUGUCGUUACCCCUAUUUUUGUUUAGUAUUUCUGUCUCCUUCAAUGUUUUAGCUACUUGUUUUGAAAGUUGUUUGAUGCAGAAACUUGGAAUCAUUUUGAGUUAUUAGCUACUGUUAAUGGGAUCUGUUUGUUUUGGAACUUGGGUUCCCUUAAAUAAACAUUAUUUUGAUAUAUUUGGGGUUGUUUAUUUUCAUUUCUAAAACUAAAAUGCCAUGUUUAAGUCGAUAAAAGUACAUAUUAUACUCUGCAUUUCAAAUACUUUUUUAUUGAACAUAUAUAA